GGCCCCGCCUCCGCAGGUUGAUGGCAGCGGCAGCUGGGACUGCAGCGGCGCUGGGCCCCGAGAGUCGCAGGCAGCGGCCGGAGCGCGCAGCCGAACACCCGGGCCCCAGACGCCGCGGACACCCGGAGAGGCAGUUCCAGUGCCCUGACGCCUCCCUCGGCCCCCAGCGCACCCCCAACCCCCUCCGCGGAGAAGUCGCAGCGUGAGAUCCCCUCGGCCCGCUCAGGACCAGCUCACAGGACUAAGGACCAAAGGCAUUUCUGGGCACUGAGAUCCUCCACCUCUGCCCCCAGCUAUGAGUCGGCGUGUGGUUCGGCAGAGCAAAUUCCGCCAUGUGUUUGGACAGGCAGCAAAGGCUGACCAGGCCUACGAGGACAUCCGAGUGUCCAAGGUCACAUGGGACAGCUCCUUCUGUGCCGUCAACCCCAAAUUCCUGGCCAUUAUUGUGGAGGCUGGGGGUGGAGGUGCCUUCAUCGUCCUGCCUCUGGCCAAGACAGGGCGAGUGGAUAAGAACUACCCACUGGUCACUGGGCACACUGCCCCUGUGCUGGACAUCGACUGGUGCCCACACAAUGACAACGUCAUCGCCAGUGCCUCAGAUGACACCACUAUCAUGGUGUGGCAGAUUCCAGACUAUACCCCUAUGCGCAACAUUACGGAACCCAUCAUCACACUCGAGGGCCACUCCAAACGUGUGGGCAUCCUCUCCUGGCACCCCACUGCCCGGAAUGUCCUGCUCAGUGCAGGUGGUGACAAUGUGAUCAUCAUCUGGAACGUGGGCACUGGGGAGGUGCUCCUGAGUCUAGACGACAUGCACCCGGACGUCAUCCACAGCGUGUGCUGGAACAGCAACGGUAGCCUGCUAGCCACCACCUGCAAGGACAAGACCCUGCGCAUCAUUGACCCCCGCAAGGGCCAGGUGGUGGCGGAGCGAGCCCGGCCUCACGAGGGCACCCGCCCGCUGCGGGCGGUCUUCACCGCAGACGGGAAGCUACUCAGCACCGGCUUCAGCAGGAUGAGUGAGCGACAACUCGCGCUCUGGGACCCGAACAACUUCGAGGAGCCAGUGGCACUGCAGGAGAUGGACACUAGCAACGGCGUCCUAUUGCCCUUCUACGAUCCCGACUCCAGCAUCAUCUACCUGUGUGGCAAGGGUGACAGCAGCAUUCGGUACUUUGAGAUUACCGAGGAACCACCUUUUGUGCACUACCUGAACACGUUCAGCAGCAAGGAGCCGCAGAGGGGUAUGGGCUUCAUGCCCAAGCGGGGACUGGAUGUCAGCAAGUGCGAGAUCGCGAGGUUCUACAAGUUGCACGAAAGAAAGUGUGAACCCAUCAUCAUGACUGUGCCCCGCAAGUCAGACCUGUUCCAGGAUGACCUCUACCCAGACACGCCGGGACCCGAGCCGGCCCUGGAAGCGGACGAAUGGCUAUCGGGCCAGGACGCCGAACCCGUGCUCAUCUCGUUGAGGGACGGUUACGUGCCCCCCAAGCACCGCGAGCUCCGGGUCACCAAGCGCAACAUCCUGGACGUGCGUCCACCCUCUGGCCCUCGCCGCAGCCAGUCGGCCAGCGACGCCCCCUUGUCGCAGCAGCACACCCUAGAGACGCUGCUGGAGGAGAUCAAGGCCCUGCGGGAGCAGGUGCAAGCCCAGGAGCAGCGCAUCACAGCUUUGGAGAACAUGCUCUGUGAGCUGGUGGACGACACAGACUAGCGCAGCGCGCCCGGAAAGCUCCAAGCCGGGAGGGCAAAGCCGGGCCAAGCGCAUUCACUCGGCCCCGCCCCGGCUUUGGGUUCGGAACUCUGCCCCUCUGGGCCGGGGCCGGGGCCGGGAACUGGGAAGGGAACUCCGAGCCUCGCGGGAGCCCAGGACAGAGGAAGCGUUGCGGAGACUCGCGUCCAUCAGGCUCCCACCGGGCUGCUUGCCUUGUCCGGGACUCAACAGGAGCUGGUCUUGGGAGGCCCGGAGUGACAGGGCCCUCAGCAAUGGUGCUGCUGUUCCCCGCCCGGGGCAAGGGAAGUGCUUAGUAUUAGCGCGAUGCUUGGGGAUGUUGGGGAGCUUGGGCUUGAUCUCAAAGGGGUAGCAAUUCGACGGGUCUCCCCAGACUGGUUGGGGAAAAUUAUAACGCUUCUCCCUCUAA